AUAUCAACCACAACGAACCAACUGACAGAGCAAACAAGGACAAUGUCUGACCAAUUGAUUAGCGAGUUCGUGUCAAUCACCAAUUCUUCAAAAUAUUUGGCUGAACAGUAUUUACUGAGAAACAACAAUGACUUGAUGGAAGCCGUGGAGGAUUAUUAUGCUAAUGAUGGCAACAGUGCCUCCACACCUACAUCUAACCAAUUCCAGAAUGCUGAUAAUGCUAGUGGUUCUGGUCGACUUCGUACUUUAAGAGAUUUGAAUGAUGACGGUGGGGAUGACUCGGCGGACGAAAAGGAUAUGAACUACUUUACUGGAGGUGAGAAAUCUGGAUUACAAGUUGAAAACCCUAAUAAGGAUAGAAGGAAAGGCGGAAACUCUCAGAAUGACCAGCUGAUUAUUGAUCAAAUUUUCCAAAGAGCAAAAGAACAAACAAAUCAACCAGAUGACCGUCCAAGUGCUGGUGAUGAACCUCAACAGCCUAAAUUCUCUGGUCGUGGGUUCAAAUUAGGUGAUGGCAAUGAGCCAAGUCAAGAAAUUGCUGAUCCAAAUGCUAAUAUAUUCAGACCUACUAAAGUCAAUCGAGAAAUCACCUUUUGGAAACAAGGGUUUACCGUGGGUGAAACUGGUGAGUUACAUAGAUAUGAUGAUCCAAGAAAUGCUAGUAUUUUACAAGAAUUGAAUCAAGGUAGAGUUCCAAUGUCUAUUUUGGAUGUUGAGUUUGGUCAAGAUGUCGAUGUCUCGGUAUUUAAAAAGACUGACGAAGAAUGGAAACCUCCUAGCUUAAGUAGAAAAGCUGCUGGUUAUUUCGGAAAGGGACAAAGAUUAGGGUCACCUGUACCGGGUGAACCAAUAGUAACGGAGAGCUCUAGUCCUCAGAAGGAAGUUGUCAGCUCUGCUCCAUCUGAACCACAAGGCGAAGGUGAUUCAUUAGUUCAGAUUAGAUUUGCCAAUGGUAAGAAAACAGCCCAUAAGUUUAAUUCAAGCGAUGCUGUAACUAAAGUGUAUGACUUUGUUAGAAACCAUGAGUAUAAUGAUCCAUCAAAGGAGUUCAAUUUGAGCCAUGCCUUCCCUGUCAAGCCAAUUGAGGAUACUAGCGAUAUAACUGUAGCUGAUGCUAAGUUGAAGAAUGCUGUUAUUGUGCAAAGAUGGAAGAUCUAACGAGUGUAUAAGUUAAUAGUGUCGUAAAUAGCUUGAAUAUGUCGCGACAAUGAACAUCAAAUUAAAAAGUG